AUGGCCGACGACGACGAGUGCAUCGGAGUGAUGAAAUCGGAGAGCGGCAAACGGCGCGUGGACAGCAGUGGUCCGCCAUUGCAGCAACGGACGCUGCUCACCGGUUUGCUGAUCUUCAGUGCCAUCUGUUGUCUCAUCGAGUGUAACGAUGUCAUCACGUCCAAGGGAGAGUCACCGUCGGUGCCGGCCAAAAACACGGUGAUGGCCGUGUUCAGUCCGAUGACCAAAUCGCCCGGCCCCUGCCGGUAUCUAGUCGGAACGCGCAAGCAGAACCACCAGUGCCGGCGUGACACCGGGCUACCGGAAGCGAUCAAGGAGGCGCGCCGGCUCGCCGUGACGCACUGCGAAGAGCAGUUCCGGUAUGAUCGUUGGAACUGCUCGAUCGAAACGAGAGGCAAGCGGAACAUCUUCAAAAAGGUUUACCGCGAAACGGCGUUCGUUCACGCACUAACUGCGGCCGCCAUCACGCAUGCGGUAGCGCGAGCUUGUGCCGAGGGCCGUAUGAUCAAAUGUCAGUGUGCGUCGGAACGGAAACCGGAAGCGACACAGCUGGCGUGGCGCUGGGGUGGCUGCAGUGACAACGUGAAGCACGGGAAGCGCGUCGCACGCAAUUUUCUCGAGCUGCAGCAACCACUGGACGAGGAUCCGAUAUCGGAGAUGCUCCGCCAUGACAGUGAGGUCGGUAUCCAAGCCAUCUCGAGUGCAAUGACGGAUCGCUGCAAAUGCCACGGUGUGUCCGGUUCGUGCUCAAUGAAAACCUGUUGGCGCCGGUUGGGAGACUUCAACACGACGGCGGCCCUGCUCCGCACCAAAUACCAUAUGGCCAUACGAAAGAUUCCGGUAAACAAUAAAACCACCCGUCGAUCGGCUCCACGGGAGUAUCGUCCUAAGGAAACCAUCUACGAUCAGCUGUACUACUUCGAAACCUCACCAACGUUCUGCUCGGUGACGCGUGGCCGCCGCUGUCUGCAUCCCGACAACUGCGCGACGCUCUGCUGCGGUCGCGGCUACACCACCAAGGUGAUCAAGACGAUCGAGAAGUGUCGAUGUCGCUUCACCAACGGUCGCUGCUGUCAGGUGGUGUGCGAUUACUGCGAAAAGUACGAGGAUCGCUACUACUGUAAAUAGUUCCAGCGUUUCACCAGCGUUCACCCGUCGCGCAUCCUCUCAACGUGCUCGUGAACUUAUUUAUUAUCCUUCCCUGUAGCCAUACAAGCGCGUAGUCCCCAGCAUGCGACUCUGGGGACUCGUAGAAAGACAGACACAACAGCAG